CCCCUCUGCCCCUCUCCUUCUGAAGCUCCUUAAAGGAUAGAGGAGGCCCCUAUCCCCUCCCCCCUCCCCUAAAAUCCCCUUCCCUAACUUUGGGCUGGGCUCUCAUUUAACCCUGCUUGGAGAAGAAAGAAGCAGAACAUUAAAGGCGAUAAAAAUAAGUCCAUAAUAAGUAGACCUUCCCAAACCUGAAUGUUUUCCAGAUGUUGAACCGCUGGCUGUGCUGGCAGGGGCUGGUGGGAACUGAAGUCGCACAACUUUUAAGGCAGGCAUCCCCAAACUGCGGCCCUACAGAUGUUUUGGCCUUCAACUCCCAUGAUCCCUGGCUAACAGGACCAGUGGUCGGGGAAGAUGGGAAUUGUAGUCCAAAACAUCUGGAGGGCCGAAGUUUGGGGGUGCCUGUUUUAAGGGUUUCUCUCCAUUACAGCCUUGGGCUUUUCCUCUCCUUGGUGUAUCAAAUGACCCUAUUAUUGGAGACCACCAACAUCUGGAGGUUACUUAGGCUGCUUAAAGGUAAAGGGACCCCUGACCAUUAGGUCCAGUCAUGGACAACUCUGGGGUUGUGGCGCUCAUCUCACUUUACUGGUCAAGGGAGCCGGCGUACAGCUUCUGGGUCAUGUGGCCAGCAUGACUAAGCCGCUUCUGGCGAACCUGAGCAGCGCACGGAAACACCGUUUACCUUCCCGCUAGAGCGGUACCUUUUUAUCUACUUGCACAUUGAUGUCUUUCGAACUGCUAGGUUGACAGGAGCAACCUGACCGAGCAACAGGAGCUCACCCCAUUGCAGGGAUUCAAACCACCGACCUUCUGAUCGGCAAGCCCUAGGCUGCUGUAAUAUGCCAUAAUUAAUUUGUUUAUUCAUUAAGGUGCUGCAAGUCUGGGUUGUAUCUAACAAAUCAGGGUUGAUAAUUUUUCAUAAUGUAGCUCCCUCAAAUAGAUCUCAGUUAUGGAUCUUCUCCAUUUUGUGCCCCCUUGGCUCAAUGCCCUGUGCAGGGAAACUGCCCACACCGCCCUACAUCUGGCACUGAACUAAUGGUCAGAGCAGACUCACUGAAAUCAGGGCUGUAUCUGAAGAAGUGUGCAUGCACACGAAAGCUCAUACCAAUAACAAACUUAGUUGGUCUCUAAGGUGCUACUGGAAGGGUUUUUUUAUUUUGUUUCAACUACGGCAGACCAGCAUGACUACCUACCUGUAACUAGUGCUGUUCAGUUAGUCAUGGCUGAUUUAAUUCAAUUGGUUUCAAUGGGUCUACUUUUGAGGAUGACCUAGUCAGAUACAACCCUUUUCUCUCUUUGCUUCAGCAGACUAACACAGGAGCUCCCAAAUUGUAGUCUAGGAACUGUUCGUGAAGAACAGCAAAAGCAAUGUAGCACUUACCACAGCAUAUUGCAAUUGCUACAACAGACAGAAAAAUCAUUAAGUAGUUUGCCAAGACUCUCUGCAGUUUUCAAGUGGUCUGUGGGGAAAGAAGCUUGGGAACCACUCAACCAACACACUUAGUUAAAAGAUGCAGCAGGAGUCUCAUUGAUUCUUAAAGUUUGGAGAGGACCUUGUAAUCAAUACAGUCAAACAAGAGAUCUUCAGUAUCCCCAACAGAUUGCUUUCGACCCUCUGCUUGAAGGCCUGCAGCAAGGUUGAAAACCUAUCCCAAAUUGAUUAGUUCCACUGUUGAACUGCACUUACUUUUUAGUUCCUUCUUAUUUUUCUUGCUCUGAUCAUCCUUUACCAAUUUGUCUGUUUCCUUAAAUAACAUUGUAUUCUAGAUGUGCUUGACUAGUGCAGAAUGAAGAGAAAUAAUUCAGAAGUGUUUUUGUCCCACUCUUUGGCCAAAAAAAGGCCCUCAAGAGUAGCUUACAAAUCUAAAUCAGUGGACAGCACCUGUCUGCAGGUUCCCCAAGAGACAUGAUAAAAAGGAGAAAGGGUUAGGGAGUACAACAAGUUCAGGUGCUAUGUCUUACAGAGUGACCAAAGGGAAAGAGAAAAAAUUAUCACACAUCCCAGUUUCCCACAGGGGCAGUGAUUUCAAAGUGCUUGCCUAGCUGCCCAUGAGGCUACUUGCAAGAAGGGAGAAGUGCUUUGGAAAUACUUGCUUGGGUUGGGGCCUAACUGAAAACCAGGAAGGGGGGUGAGGCUUCCAGCUCAUAUAUAAGUUCCCACUCUGAACUGUCUUUGUAGUUUGUCUUUGUCAUUGUUUAAAAAUAAUGCAAUUUCCCCCAAAAAAUGUUUUCAUUUCAGACAAUCCAAGAAACAUGACGGUGAACACAACAUCGCUCUCUUUCAGAAAUAAGGCCAUAUUGGCACCUAUGGUCAGGGUUGGGACCCUACCAAUGCGACUUUUAGCUUUGGAUUAUGGUGCUGAUAUUGUAUACUGUGAGGUAGGGUGGCUGAGUCAAUGAGGAGCUGAUUGACAUAAAGAUGCUGCAGUGCAAGAGAGUUGUAAAUGAGAUGCUUGGAACAGUGGACUUUGUUGCUCCCAAUGAAAGAGUUGUGUUCAGGACCUGUGAAAGGGAAAAGGACCAUGUUGUCUUUCAAAUGGGGACAGCAGAUGCUGAGAGAGCCUUGGCGGUAGCCAAACUUGUAGAGAAUGAUGUUGCUGGCGUUGAUGUCAACAUGGGAUGCCCCAAAGAAUAUUCCACUAAGGGAGGAAUGGGAGCAGCACUCCUGUCUGAUCCCGACAAGAUAGAAUCUAUUCUGACUACUCUUGUCAAAGGCAUUUGUAAGCCAGUGACCUGCAAAAUCAGAAUCCUGCCGUCAAAAGAAGAAACAAUAAGUUUAGUGAAGAAGAUAGAGCGGGCUGGUGUUGCUGCUGUUGCAGUUCAUGGAAGGAAGAAAGAAGAGAGGCCUCAGCAUCCUGUCCACUGUGAUGUGAUCAAAGCCAUUUCUGAAGCAGUCUCUAUACCAGUAAUAGCCAAUGGAGGCUCUCAUGACUUCAUAAAAGAAUAUUCUGACAUAAAGGUCUUCCAGCAAGUAACAGCAGCAUCUUCAGUCAUGGUUGCUCGUGCUGCCAUGUGGAACCCCUCUGUCUUCAGGAAGGAAGGUCCAUGGCCCUUAAAGGAUGUCAUGCAGGAAUAUAUCAAAUAUGCAGUGAGAUAUGAUAACCACUACACCAACACCAAGUACUGCUUGUGCCAGAUGUUAAGGGAGCAAUUAGAAAAUGCACAAGGGAAGAAGCUACAUGCAGCACAAUCCAUGCAGGAAAUCUGUGAAGCUUUUGAGAUGAGCAGUUUUUACCAAGAAACCUCCGCCCUUUUGGAAGCCAAAAAAGCAUCUUCAGAAGCUAACAACCAAGAUGAAGAAGACCACAGUGAAGAUUCCGAUGUCAUAAAAAUGGCUGUUAAAUUUGAUAAACGAGAAUAUCCCCCACAGAUCACACCCAAAAUGUGUCUCUUGGAAUGGUGUAGGAAAGAAAAGCACCCUCAGCCGGUUUAUGAAACCGUCGAAAGACCACUAGAUAGACUCUUCUGUUCUAUUGUCACGGUAGCAGAACAAAAGUACAGAUCAACCCUAUGGGAAAAGUCAAAGAAGUUAGCAGAACAAGCUGCAGCUAUUGCCUGUUUACGAACCCUUGGCCUCCCAGAAGGGAAGUGGAAUGAAGAAGCAAACCAUUUGGUUAACAAACGCAAGAGGCAAGACCAGGAACACUUGAACAAUGGAGAGCAUGGAAAUGACCUUGUAGCCAAGGCUGCUUGCAAAAAAACUCAUUUUCUUCCAGGAGCUUCUAACCCCAGUGUUUCUUAAUUGUCACGGUGGUGUGAAAAGAGCCAUUCUACAACUAUGCAGCUUGCCCCACUCGCCCUCUAUUUCUUCUGGAUGCAGUCCGCUGGAACAGACAACUCUGGAUUUUGAAUUGCGAUGUGUAUGAUAUCAUUGGCUUCUUUCUGCUCUUCCUUUGAUGCCUUUGUAGCUUGCAGUUUCAUUGAGAAAAGAGAAGAUUGGCUCUGCGUUGAGUUCUCUUUCCCAGUAAAUGUAUUUGAAUGUGGGAAGAGGGAUAGUUCAUGUGUGUGUUUAAAUAGUCCUGCAGUUUUCUGGUUUGAAAUGAUGUUCCUACACAGCAGUCUUCAGUCAGUUAGCCAGCCGGUUCUCUCUUUGGGAAGAGCUCAGUGACAAAAAGGAGCUCAAGGGCAGUAACCUCAGUGUCACAGAUAUAUUGAAUCUGUUACCUAUAUAAUAUCUGAUAUUUGGUGGCAGGCUGGUGAGAAUCUUAAUAGAGAUUUGUAGCUAAGGAGGGAAGGUGGCUAGGGUGGAAGCGGAUCUUGCUAUACAUCUUUUCCUUACCUUUUACAGCAGCAGAAGCCAACAUGGUGGAUCUUGGAUGUUGUUGAACUACAGUUCCCAUCAGCCCCUUCCAACAUGGACAGUGGUUGUGAAUGAUGGGAGUUGUGGUCAAACAUGUGGAGGGGAACAUAUUGACAACCCUUUUUACAGAAUGUAUCUUUUUACACUUUAUGCAAUUCUGAACUCCAAUUCAAAAAAGUGUGCAUCUUGUUAUUUGUCUGUCUUCUGUAAGUAUCAAUUAAAAAGUUGAUCCCCUGUCUCCUAAAAGUGGUUUUACGUUAAGUGCUUUCUUAUGUUUUGUUUAUAUUCUGGGGCAAAGUGAGAUGAGGGGGACAAAAGUAAUUAUAUCCAUUAUAUUUAGAUGAUCUCCUUACCUUUUUAAAAUAGUCAGACUAUUUGUAUACUAGCAACAUUCCCUUCAUUAUCAAAAAACAAAACUUAGGCUUGAACUGAUUCAGUCCCAGAAUUCCACCACAAAUUUCUAUGGGGCAAAACAAAUGGGAUGUGGUUUUGAGACACGGUUAGGAGGUGGGAACAGGAAACGGUAUGUUGCAGAGAAAUCAUGGUGGGAGAAUGAAUGUUGGGCCACCGAGUGUGUCAAGGAUGGGUGGCAGAUUUUGACCCACCGAAAAGCUGUCCCCAGCAACUGGUAUUCAAGUAGGGAGAGUGUUCUUGCACUCAGGUUCUGCUUGUGGGCUUCCCACAGGCAUCUGGAUGGCUGCUGUGAAAAUAAGAUGCUAGACUAGACGAGUUAUUGGCUUGAUCCAGCAGCCAGACUCUUGUUCUGUAAUGCUUUCAUUUCUGCCAUAUAAAUGAAGGGCACCCAUUCACUUACACAGGAGAAAGUAAAGCAUGGUGCUUGGGGACCUUAUUGGGUUCUUACUGGUGAUUCCCAAAAGAAGGCUCCUGCCACCCAGCACUCCUGUCUCUGAUGAUAUCUCAUUUAUUUGGUUGCAGUAACUGUGGGAGCUACUUAGAACUGAGAGAGAUUUCCUUCAAUAUUUUCUGUUUGCUCUGUUUUUAUCUCUUCUGUUACAUCUCUUCUGUACCUUGAAAAGCAAGAUUCCUGUCGACUAAACCAAAUGCAAGGGAGGGUUCUACUCUAUGUAAACAGCAGAGGGCAGUGUGGUCCGUAGCUCAUGGUCCAGCUGUGCUACUGUAGUGCUGACCUUACCGCCUUGGAAAUGCUGAACCAGGAGCAGAGGAGGCUACUUUCUGGGUGAGCCUGUACUCAAAACUACUUCUGUCUCUGCUUCAACAUGGCUACUGGCAUUUCUGCCAUGAUCACCAC